GACAACAUGGCUCCCUUUAAGAAUCUAAAGUUGACUUUGGAAGCGCUCAACCAAGAGUGCACUUAUUCUGCAGGAGAUACUAUUCGAGGCACUCUUUCUUUCUAUCUGAACAGUGAGACCACAGUGAAGAGCAUUUCAGUGAAGGCUAAAGGGGACGCAAUGGUGAAGUGGACAAAAAAAUCUGGAAAUAGUACAACGUACUACAAGGGGCACGUGAGGUAUUUAAAAAUCAAAGAGUACUUGGUUGCAAAAGAUACUGGAGGCACUGUGCUUCGCCAAGGGCCUCAUAAUUUCAAGUUCUCACUCAAAAUUCCUCCGGGGGGAAUGCCAUCGUCCUUCCAUGCGGAACAUGGAAAAAUUGUGUACAUGGUUGAAGCAAAAAUUUCCAGAAGUUGGCGGUGUCCUUCGUGUGUGAAAACAGAGAUCAAUUUUCUUUCAAAGUGGUUUCCACCAAUUCAUCAAGCCAUGCAUCCAUUAUCUGGUUCAGUGGAUAAAGAGGUGGGGAUUUUCUCCAGCGGACAGCUCCACAUGACUGCUUCACUUAACCGAGGAGUUUGCUUCCCAGGUGACACAUUGUCUGCCUCUGCCAGAAUCCGCAACUCUUCUUCGAAAUCUGUGAAGCCCAAAUUCAGUUUGCACCAGAAGAUUGUGUACAGCGUCAAACACUACACCAAGACCAGUGACCAAGUCAUACUCAAAAUGGUUGGAGACCCAAUCACACCAAGAUCAGAGGUGAUGGUUCCCUGUGAAGUGAAGAUUCCUCUUCAUGCUGUCUACACUCUCCGUAACUGUCAAAUCAUCUCAGUUGAACAUUACCUCAAGGUGUAUCUGGACGUCAGGUUUGCUUUCGAUCCAGAGGUGGUGUUUCCGCUCCUCAUUGUUCCGUCAAACCAUGUCCAUGCUCAGCUCAGUCCCAGACAGCAUGUCCAUAAUCUCCUCAUUGAUGCUGCUGUGAAUUGGAGCCGACGUGCCUAUGUGGCGGCCAUCUUGCAGGGGUUGACCUCGCUUCCACAGCACAUUGAGGAAUGAUAUGUUUCACCAUAAUUGUGAUUAUAAAUUGAUCACUUUUUAAAUUCUAUUCCAGUUGAUGAUGAACAUCAGACAUGGAGGACAGACAGACAUAAACAGAAUGAAAUGAACUCAUAAACUGUUCAGGCUGAUUGAGUUUUUUUAUUGAAAGAAUUAGUUUAAGGAUUUAUAUUGUACUUGAUUGUUAUUGAUAUUAAGAUUGUAUGAUUCUGAUUAUCAUUAUUUUUAUAUUGC